AAAAAUGAUUAGUUUUAUUUUUGAAAUGUUAUAUUUAGAUAUUGAUAAAUUAGUUAGUCUUACAGGCAUGGUUAUUCGAUCGUCAUUAAUAAUGCCUGAAAUGCGUUCAGCUUAUUUUUCAUGUAAUAUAUGUGGUUUUCAUAUACAAGUUGAAAUUGAUCGUGGAAGAAUUGCUGAACCAACUAUAUGUACAUCAUGUAAUACAGCACAUUCAUUUGAACUUAUUCAUAAUCGAUCAUUAUUUGCUGAUAAACAAUUUAUUAAAUUACAAGAAACGCCAGAGGAAAUGCCUGCUGGACAAACACCAGUUACUGUAACGAUUGUAGCACAUAACGAUUUAGUUGAUGCAGUACAACCUGGUGAUCGUGUUCAAGUUACUGGUAUAUUUCGUGCAGUACCAGUUCGUAUAAAUCCUAAAACACGAAAUGUUCGUUCUGUUUAUCGUACAUUCAUUGACGUUAUACAUUUUCGUCGUCAUAAAACGUUUACAGCUGUAGGUGGACUCGAAGAGCAAACAACAAAUGAUGAUGAAGAAUCAAGUUCAUCGAAAUUUUCUAAAGAACGUCUAGCACAAUUUCGUAAUUUAUCUGAACGUCCAGAUAUUUAUGAAUUAUUAUCAAAUGCAAUUGCUCCAAGUAUUUUUGGACAUGAAGAUAUAAAAAAAGGUAUUUUAUUACAAUUAUUUGGUGGAACAAAAAAAUCUUUUACUGAUGCUGGACGAAAAAGUUGUCGAUCUCAAAUUAAUAUUUUACUCUGUGGAGAUCCUGGUACAGCUAAAUCACAAUUACAACAAUAUAUAUUUCGAUUAGUACCACGUGCUCAAUAUACAAAUGGUAAAGGUACAAGUGCUGUUGGUCUUACAGCUUAUGUAACAAAAGAUCCUGAAACUGGUCACCUUGCUCUUCAAACAGGUGCUUUAGUUCUUGCUGAUAAUGGUAUUUGUUGUAUUGAUGAAUUUGAUAAAAUGAGUGAAAGUGCUAGAUCAAUUCUUCAUGAAGUUAUGGUAUGUUAA